AAUCCGGUGAAAAUCAGUUCGAUUUGGUCGGAUUUCAUGAAAAUUGGUGAUUUGGACCGGUUCAUGUAAUCCAGACCGAUUUUUUAAAAAAAAAACGGUGACGUUCUCUCCAUCACUUACUCCCCUGCAUUGUGGUGCCCUAACUUAGAACCAACACCCAUCUCACCUCUCUCUUCUCUCGCCAGUCGCCACUCUCUCCCAGUCUCCCUCAAGCUCGUCGCAGCUCCUCAAGCUCGUUGCUGCCUCAAGCUCGCGUCGCCGCCUCAAGCUCGUCGCAAGCUUUGUCGCGCUAAGCUCGUCUUCCUGCUUCGGCCAUCAACGCUUCCUCCGCCGUGAGUCUGUGUUUAGGGUUUCAGCUUCGGCCCAGAUCUUUCAUCAACGCUUGCUUCGUCUCUCUGAACUCUGAAGCAAAGUUCAAAAUCACCCAACCAAACCCUAGGUUGUCCCUGCAACGGUUCUGCCGUAGUGCCGCCGCCGUCCAUGCUGUCGGCGCCUCCGCGUUGUCUCUUGUAGCCCAGGCCCUCUCUUGUAGCUCGACGUCCUCCUUCCCCUAUCCCCGUCCUCCCUGGCUUCUCUGUUCGAGGCUUGGAGCAGCUCGCCGUCGUUUCGCCGAUUGCCGUCCGUGUCUCCGUCGAAGCACGCAAUACGCAUCUAUGCAAUAGAAGCAUUAACAAGGUGGUUUUGUUUGUUUGUCGAUGCGUCUUGCAGUUGCACCUCAAGUCCAAGGUUUCUUAUUCUUAAGACCUUAUUCACUCACCAUUCAGCACUGCCCUUCCCCUUCUCCUCCUUCCAUCUCACAAGUCUACGACGACCUUCUCCGCAUUUGCUUCCGCUUACAACAAACUAAAACUAAUCCCCAUCACCAUCACGACUACCAUGUGUUCGACAAUAUUCCCAACCACGGCGACGGGGAAAUGGCCAAAGUUGUUCAUGCACACGCCAUCAAACACGACAUUUCCUCUGAUGGCUUCCUCGCAAGUGCCACCAUCGAUCUCUAUGCCGCUGCCGGCAAUGUCCCUUUCGCUCAGAGGCUCUUCCACCAGCUCCAUCCCCGUCAGAGACAUUUAUCCGCUUAUAAUUCUAUCAUUUCCAUGUACUCAAGGCAGGGGUUAUUCCAAAAUGCACUCCGUUGUUUCGUUUCUAUGAUGCGUUUUGGCCAGUUGCCUGACCAAUUCACGCUUGCCAUAGCUCUCUCUGUUUGUUCAAAGCUCAGGAAUGUUGAAUGUGGCACGCUGCUUCACUCCUGCGUGAUCAAGGCAGGUUUUGAGUCCAAUCCGUUCUGCCAGGGUGCUCUUAUCGAUCUCUAUGCCAAAUGCGGCUUUCUCCGCCAUGCUAGCGCCAUAUUUGACGCCGCAGUCCACUUGGACACUGUUUCUUGGACGGCUUUGAUUUCUGGUUAUGUUCGAGCCGGGCUGCCGCAGGACGCCCUCCAGGUGUUUGACAAAAUGCAGAUAGCUGGCUACUCUCCUGACCAGGUGGUUUUUGUGACUGUUCUCAAUGCUCUUGUGAAUUUGGGUAAGCUGGAUGAUGCCUGUAAAUUGUUCCGAGACAUGCACACUAGCAAUGUUGUGGCAUGGAAUGCGAUGAUCUCUGGUCAUGCUAAGAGGAGCCAUCAUAAGGAGGCCAUUGAGUUCUUUCUCGAAAUGAGGAAGUGUGGUAUAAAGUCCUCAAGGUCCACGCUGGCAAGUGUUCUUAGUGCGAUUGCCAGCUUAGCUGCGUUGGAUUAUGGGUUACUAGUCCAUGGAGAGGCUAUCAAACAAGGUUUGGAUUCUAGUAUAUAUGUGGGAAGUUCUUUGAUCAGUAUGUAUGGGAAGUGCGAAAUGUUAGAUGCUGCAAAGCAAGUAUUUGAUGUCAUGUCUGAGAAAAAUAUGGUCACUUGGAAUGCCAUGCUGGGAGUUUAUGCACAGAAUGGUUAUUUCAAUCAUGUAAUGGAGCUAUUCCUUGAUAUGACACGGCGUACCAUUGAACUGGACGAAUUUACCUUCACUAGCAUUUUGAGUUCAUGUGCUUGUUUUGAAAGCUUAGAAAUUGGUCGUCAGGUGCAUUCAGUUGUUAUCAAGAGAAGUUUUGCAAACAAUUUAUUUGUGAACAAUGCAUUGGUAGAUAUGUAUGCCAAGGCUGGGGCUUUGAAGGAAGCUAGGAAACAGUUUGAGCGCAUGAAAACCAGAGAUACCAUUUCUUGGAAUGCCAUUAUCGUUGGAUAUGUGCAGGAAGAAGAGGAAACUGAUGCUUUCAAAAUGGUCAAUAGAAUGAGGUUACAUGGCAUAGUACCUGACGAGGUAGCUUUGGCAAGCAUACUUAGCGCUUGUGGAAAUGUUAAGCUAUUAAAAGCAGGAUUGCAGUUCCAUUGCCUGGCAGUUAAGUUGGGAUUAGAAACAAACCUUUUUGUUGGAAGUUCUCUUAUUGACAUGUAUUCUAAAUGCUGGUCCAUUGAAGAUGCACGAAAAAUCUAUUCUAGCAUGCCUGAAUGGAGCGUGGUAUCCAUGAAUGCUCUGAUUUCAGGAUAUGCUCUGAAAAAUAUAAAAGAAGCUAUUAAUCUUUUUAGUGAGAUGCUGGCAUUGGGGCUCAAGCCAUCUGAAAUUACAUUUGCAAGCCUGAUAGAUGCUUGUAAGGGUUCUCAGGUAAAUCUAGGGUUGCAGAUCCACUGUGCUAUAGUUAAGAGGGGUCUUUUAUGUGGUAGUGAGUUCUUAGGUACCUCUUUGUUGGGCAUGUAUAUGGACUCACAAAGGAUUGCAGAUGCCAACGUACUUUUCUCAGAGUUUUCGAACCUUAAAAGCAUUGUUAUGUGGACUGCUUUAAUUUCUGGGUAUACUCAAAAUGAUUGCUGUUACGAGGCCAUAAAUUCAUACCGAGAAAUGCGGGACAACAAUAUCUUCCCUGACCAAGCAACAUUUGUUUCAGUUCUUCGAGCUUGUGCUCUCUUAUCAGCAUUGCAAGAUGGGAAAGAGAUACAUUCUCUAAUAUUCCAUACUGGUUUUGACUUGGAUGAGUUAACCAGCAGUGCACUCAUAGACAUGUAUGCUAAAUGUGGGGAUGUAAAAAGUGCUGUGCAAGUUUUUGAAGAAAUGGGUACUAAAAAGGAUGUGAUUUCUUGGAACUCAAUGAUAGUUGGAUUUGCAAAAAAUGGUCAUGCAGAAAGCGCUCUGAAGGUCUUCAAUGAAAUGGCCCACUCAUGUGUUACACCAGAUGAUGUCACAUUCCUCGGAGUGCUCACUGCUUGCAGCCAUGCAGGGUGGGUUUCCGAGGGCCGUCAAAUUUUUGAUCUCAUGGUGAACUGUUAUGGCAUUGAGCCCAGGGCUGAUCACUAUGCUUGCAUUGUGGAUCUUCUUGGUCGCUGGGGUAAUCUCAAAGAAGCUGAAGAGUUCAUCGACAAACUAAAUGUCAAACCGAAUGCUAUGAUUUGGGCCAAUUUAUUGGGAGCUUGCCGAAUUCAUGGUGAUGACAUAAGGGGAGAGCGAGCAGCUAAAAACCUUAUUAAGUUAGAACCUGACAAUUCUUCCCCAUAUGUAUUGCUUUCUAAUAUGUAUGCUGCAUCAGGACAUUGGAAUGAAGCUAGAUCUUUGAGGAGAACUAUGAUACAAAAAGAAAUCCAAAAGAUGCCUGGGUGUAGCUGGAUUGUUGUAGGACAAAAGACAAACUCAUUUGUUGCAGGAACUGUAAGGUUUAAUCUUGACCCUUUUAAUGAACACAAUGAUGCUGACCUCUGGGAGGCUCUGAAGAGGGCACAUUUGAAGGAUGUGAUGCGCAGGAAUUCUUUGGGGCUGGAUGCCGAGGUCUCUGAGGCAGGCAAGAACUUCAGUGUUGGGCAGAGGCAACUGUUGAGUCUCUCUCGGGCAUUAUUGCCUAGAUUAAAGAUAUUGACGAAGCCACUGCAGCAGCAGAUGUUAGAAUAGAUGCCCUCAUACAGAAAACAAUUCGAGAGGAAUUUAAAUCGGGCACCAUGCUCAUCAUUGCUCAUCGUCUUAACACCAUCAUAGACUGUGAUCGGAUUCUUUUGCUUGAUCGUGGUAAGGUUCUUGAAUAUGAUACCCCUGAAGAACUGCUAUCAAAUGAAGGCAGUUCGUUCUCUAAGAUGGUGCAAAGUACAGGAGCCGCAAAUGCCCAAUAUCUACGCAGCUUAGCACUCGGGAGUAAGUCAGAUAGGGAAGAGAGUAAGCAUA